UCAAAGGUCUCGACGUAUAAGAAGGAACAACUACCUCUCAUUUUUGGCUCUUUUGUUUCCAUAUGUCUUUCAAUUUUUCCCAUGCAACAGCCAUAGCGUUGCCUCUCUUUUCUCUCCGUUGCUUUCUCCGUAAACCAAAAAAGUAGAGGGUUUGUCCACACCUCUCUGUAUUAUGCUGCAAGGUUGAACUAGCCAUUGACGCUGGCAGGGGCAAGCCGGUACCGGACCCAAUGCUUAUGGGUAAGGGUGCUCUUAAGGGAGAGGUUACAACCUCAUACAUUUGCCAUCUUGUUGAUCAGAUCAACUCCGGCGGUAUAUGGUUUGGAGAUGAUCCUCUGGCCUUCUCUGUUCCAUUGUUGCUGCUGCAGCUGUCCCUCGUAUCAAUUUUCACCCGCUCCAUCUACUUCGUCCUCAAGCCAUUUGGCCAGCCCUUAAUUGUUUCUCAGAUUCUUGGUGGUUUUAUUUUAGGCCCCUCAGUUAUAGGAAGAAGCCCAACAUUUGCAACCAAAGUUUUCCCACCUAAAGGGAGAGCUUUAUUUGAGACAUUAUCACUUUUUGGUUUCAUGCUCUCUGUUUUCUUAAUUGGGGUGAAGAUGGAUCCUUACAUUCUUCUAAGAUCAGGUAAGAGGGCCAUUGCUGUAGGAUUCUUAGCCUUUUCUGUUCCUUAUGCCUUGGCUGGAUUUGUUGCCUUCGUCCUCGACCAUUUUCUCUCUUUGGAUCCUGAUGUUUCCAGUGCGCUUCCCUUUGUGGUUGCACUACAAACCCUAACAGCCUUCCCUACUGUAGCUUGCUUUCUCGAUGAGCUCAGGCUUCUCAAUUCAGAGAUUGGACGUCUAGCGUCUUCUUCAUCGAUAGUAUGUGAUGUGUGCCACUGGUCCAUCUUUGCCAUGAAGUUUCUAACACACUUAGCUUCACAGAGGUCGAUAAGAAUAUCAUUUGGGUUUUUAUUGUCAGUUGCCCUUUUUGUUGUAAUAGUAUUCUUCGGAGUCCGUCCAGCAGUUUUGUGGGCAAUUCGUCAGACCCCAGAAGGAGAACCUGUGAAAGAGGCAUAUGUUUUUGCUGUUCUGAUCAGUGUACUGGUAUGCGGGUUUAUUGGAGAAGUUAUUGGUCUAAAUGCUUUUAUCCCAUCUUUCCUUUUGGGUUUGGUCAUUCCAGACGGCCCCCCUCUUGGAGCUGCUUUAGUAGAGAAACUCGAUUGCUUCGUCUCAGAUAUACUCAUGCCCAUCUUUUUCACCGUGUGUGGAUUAAGAAUGGAUAUAUUCGCCAUUCAACAGUUUAAGAAUGUGGCCACUAUUCAAUUGAUCGUUUUCCUUGCUUUUACCGGGAAGAUUAUUGGAUCAGCACUGCCUCCCCUCUUCUGCAGAAUGCCUGUCCUAGAUGCUAUCUCUCUUGGUCUCAUCAUGAACUCCAAAGGCGUAGUUGAACUUUUCUUGCUUAUGGCUUGGAAAACUGAAGAAGUACUAAACGAAGAAUGCUUCGCCAUUAUGAUUAUCUCUGUGGUGAUUGUUACAGGAAUUGUCUCACCUCUUGUGAAAGUUCUCUACGAUCCGUCAAAGCGUUUCCUGGCAUAUAGAAGGAGGACUAUUCUACACCAUAGGCAAGGGGAAGAGUUGAGGAUGCUAGCUUGUGUCCACAGGCAAGAGAAUGUAUCUGCCAUUUUGGACCUUCUCGCAGCCUCCAAUCCCACCAAGGAAAGCCCCAUCAAUCUAGUCGUCCUCCACUUGAUCAAGCUUGUUGGCCGAGCCUCGUCCCUCCUUGUCUCCCACCAGCCGCGCGAAAAGCCGUCUUCUACUCAGUACCCGUCUCAAUCUGAGCGGAUCUUCAACGCAUUCCACAAGUUCGAAAAACACUACAGCGAGCACGUGACGGUGCAUUGCUUUAAGGGCAUUUCUCCUUCCUCGACAAUGCACAACGACGUCUGUUCUUUGGCUCUCGAAAAGCGGUCGACCUUCAUUAUCAUCCCUUUCCACAGGAUUUGGGUAAACGGUUCGGUUGCGGAGACCUCUCACUCUCUUCGCCACCUCAACAAAAAUGUUCUUGAAAAGGCUCCUUGCUCCGUAGGGGUGCUAGUCGACCGAGUGAACCGCCGGAAGUAUCUUUCCUCUCUUCGCAUAAACACGUCGUUGUAUAGGGUUGCAGUGCUCUUCUUUGGUGGGGCAGACGACCGAGAGGCAUUGGCGUACGCAGGCCACAUGUCGAAGCAUUCCAACAUCCUGACCACUCUCUUCUGCUUCUCUUCUUCAACGGACAUAGUGGAGGGCAGCGCCAGGAGCAAGGCACUCGACACUGAUGUCUUGAGCAAGUUUAGGCUCAGCGCCUUUCGCGACGACCGAGUGUCAUUCGAGGAGGUGGGGGUCAGUAGUGGGGAGGAAGUGCUUGACGUGCUGAGGUCGAUGGAUGGCGCUUAUGAACUUAUCAUGGUUGGAAGGCGCCAUGGGGAGUCGUGGUUGAUGGCUCAGAUAGCGAAAUGGAAAGACCGUGGUGAUCUUGGGGCGAUCGGUGAGCUUCUUGCUAGCUCUGAUAUAAGAGUUGCUGCUUCAAUUUUGGUAGUGCAACAACAAACCAGAGUUUGGGGGCUGCGUGAUCCUGAGGAGUCUAUGCAUUUGCAAAGAGACAGUACUAAUCCUAGACAAGAUGCUUAGCAUGUCCUAUUGUAUUAUGUACAGGCUUAGAUCUAGCAGUGUUUGUCAAACUCAAUAUUAUACUACACAUUUCCAUAUAUGGUUUGGUACUCUCAUGUUUAUGCAUGAUCACAAUUAUAUUCUGUGAAGUUAACAACGAGAGUAUGAAUCAUUAACCAAGAGAGAAAGAGAGUGAUUGUGCUUACAAAGAGCAUUAACUCGGUUGAUGAGCCACUUCCAAAAUGUGCUUUCGCUAAUAUAUAGACUUCCUCUUAAGCUACUAAAUAUCUAGUGAUCAGGAGGCUGAACUUAAUUAUCAAUGGAAUGCACAAUUUAA